AUGCAGUUCACCAAGGCUCUGUUCUUCCUCUCGGCCAUCGCGCCCGUCGCCUUCGCGGCUGAGGCCGCUCAGGCAGCUGCCCCAGCAGCCCAACACAAGACCCUCACUCUGUGGCCUGCGACCUACACGCCCACGCCUACCCCGACCAGCACGCCAACUCCUACCUGGACCCCGACGCCCACCCACACGCCCACCAGCACUCCGCUCGUGUCCAGCACCCCUUUCACCUCCGUCGCCUUGAAGGUCAGCCCCUCGGCGCCCGCGCCACCGGCCUCGACGCCCACCAACACCGCCAACGGCGCCUCGUCGCUCAAGCUGUCCGGCGCUGUGGCCGCUGGUGCGAUGGCCGUUGCUGGAUUUGUGCUGGCGUAA